AUGAACCCCGCUUCUCAGACCGUCCGCGUCUCCGCCUCCGCGGACCGGAAGUUGCGGGGCGGAAGUGGCGCGGCGGCUCGUCGCGACCGGCUGCUGGCCUGGCUGUGCGGGCCUGGCGGCCUUGAGCUCGCUGGCUACGUGGCUGAGCUGGCGGCAUUGGGGCUGGCGAAGCUGGGCCGGGAGCCAGCCGGGUCGGAGACCCGCCGCCUGGCCUUCGAGCACUACCGCGCCUUCAUCCGCUCCGCCGAGUGUACCGGACGCGCCGGACAUGGCUUUGGCGGUAUCGAGAGUGCUGCAGGGGGGACCCUCGUGCUAAUCCCGCCCCAAUCCUGCAGGAACUUAAUUCGCGAUGCCAAGGAGAUCUCCUGCAGCCAGCUCAUGACCAACCUGACAUUGAACUGGCACACAGAGAUCCUGGAGAUCCUACAGCUCAUGGACACCUGUGUCUGUAACGGCUACUACAAGGAGGCACUGGAGCUCGCUGCCUACGUGCACCAGCUGGAGAGGAAGCACAGCAGCAUCCCUCUGAUCCAGGGCAUCAUGGACAAGGUGUGCCAGUCUGCCCAGCUGAUGCUGAACCAGCUCAUCCAGCAGCUCCGCACCAAUAUCUAGCUGCCGGCCUGCCUGCAGGUCAUCAGCUACCUGCGGCACAUGGACAUUUUCACGGAGGCUGAGCUGCACAUCAAGUUCCUGCAGGUAUGGGAUGCCUGGCUGCGUUCCAUCCAGGUCUUCAUACCUGAUGAUGACCCCUACUUCCACAUCACCAAGGCCAUCGAGGCCUGCCAUGUCCACCUCUUCGACGACAUCACCGACGAGGAGCUACUCCUGCCUGCCGAGGGGCAGGCUCUCAAUGAGGGGGCCAUCUUCCAUGGCUGGGUGCUGCAGAAGGUCUCCGAGUUCUUGCAGAUGCUGGAGCGCGAUCUCCGGCGCAGGGUGGGCAGCCGCCUGGGCUUGCUGCUGGGGCAGUACAUGUACUUCGGCCUCUCCUUCAGCAGGGUGGGGGCCGAUUUCUGUGGGCAGCUGGCCCCCCUCUUCCAGCACGUGGCCGCUGUCACUUUCAGGAAGGCAGUGGAGGAGGCAGUGGAAAAGUUCCAGGAGGAGAUGAAUUCCUACAUGCUUAUCUCUGCCCCAACUGUCCUGGGGGGCAGCGCAGGGGUGCCGGUGCCCACGGUCCAGCCAGGGAUGCUGCAGCCACCCAUGGUGCUGCUGGACUUCUCACCCCUCGCCUGCUUCCUCAAUGACCUCCUUGUUGCCUUCAGUGACCUGUGGCUCUGCUGCCCUGUCGCCCUGGCCCAGGAUGUCACCACCUGCCUGGAGGAUGCGCUUGGCGAGGUGACCAAAACCAUCCUAGCCUUCCACUGUGCGGAGGAGAUGGCUUUCAGCAGGUAGGAGCAGGAGCUCUUUGCCCAGUUCUGCACGGCUUUCCUGGACAAUCUCCUGCCCUACCUGAAUCGUUGCCUCCAGGUCCUCUUUCCCCCGGCACAGAUUGUGCAGGCACUGGGUGAGACCCUGGGGGGUUGUGUCUAAUGGGGAAGGGGGAGCCCUGCCCCCCA